AUGGGUGCUAACAAAGUCAUCGAUGAUGUUCAGGGCAGCGUGAUGGAUAUCGCGCUCGGCUCUCUACGUGCACGCAACACUCCUAUGCUCAUGGUUGAGGGCCUAUACUGGAUUCUGGAUGCAAACCUACGUCCUGCCAUCAUCGCCGGCUAUGGGACUAACGAUCCCGAGAAGAUGUCAAGCAUUCACCACAUCAUCAAAUUCCAUGUCCGUCAGGUUCCGAUCUUCAAUGUCGUGUCUGCUAUGGAGGACUACGCCGUAAAGCAUACCCGUGUUGCUACAGUCAAUGUCGUGAUCUACGACGAGAAGAUUCCUGCAUCCGACAUCGUCGCCGCUAGAGGAUAUCUCACGGGUCAGUACAUGAGUUACGUCCUCGACGUUGCUGCUGCCUUCCGCAACCGUGGAUUUGAGGUUCCUACUGUUGCUCAAUUCGAGACUGAGCCUGCUACAAAGGGAAAGACCAAGAGUACCAGCAAGACCAAGGUUACCAAGGCAAAGAAGGCAAAGCCAGCCAAGCUUAACAAACGUGUGCGCUUCAUUGUGGAGGAGGAUGAGGAAGACGGCCCUAUCCGUUGCUUGACUCCCAUCAGAAAGCAGCCGGCCAGUGUCGAGUUACCCGAACGUUCUGACAGCCCUAUGGGUGAUACACCCUCCCCCAAUUUCGCCUACACAGCAAACGGUCUCACACUUGUGGUUGACGCCGACACUCCCAUCAAGUCUGUCGAAUAUUGCCCUGAACUCAGCACUCCUAUCAGCUUGAACGAAACUCCAUCGGCUCCCGACGGCACCUGGUCGUUCGCAACCUGCACUGCUCAGAACGCUCUUUUUCAACCCUGCUGA